UCUCAAAAAAUUUGCAAAUAAGUGAAAAUAUACAAACGGAACGAGUCUGUCGUUCGCAUCUCUUGCGUGCUUUCCUCGGUUUCUCUCUGACAGUCCCUGUGCUUCCCGUGAGUUUUCCCGGAGAUUUUCUCGGGAAAAUCUAAGACGAUUUCCAGAUCGAUCUGUGCGGUAGUCGCGUAGUUUCCGAUGGGAACGCUUCAGACAUGGCGAAGAGCUUAUGGAGCCCUAAAAGACACCACCAAAGUCGGCCUUGUCCGAGUCAACAGCGACUAUGCCGAUUUAGAUGUCGCCAUAGUCAAGGCUACUAACCACGUCGAGUGUCCUCCCAAGGAGCGGCAUCUCAGAAAAAUCUUUAUUGCAACGUCGGCGACUCGGCCUCGAGCAGAUGUUGCUUAUUGCAUCCACGCGCUUUCUCGGCGAUUGCAUAAAACCAGAAAUUGGACGGUUGCGCUGAAAACGCUUAUAGUCAUACACCGCCUUCUGAGGGAGGGUGAUCCGACAUUUAGAGAGGAACUUCUGAAUUUCUCUCAAAGAGGACGCAUUCUGCAGCUCUCGAAUUUCAAGGAUGAUUCAAGCCCUAUCGCCUGGGAUUGUUCAGCCUGGGUACGUACUUACGCAUUAUUCCUUGAGGAACGGCUUGAAUGCUUCAGGGUUUUAAAAUAUGAUAUCGAAGCAGAACGACUUCCAAAACCCGCCCCGGGGCAGGAUAAGGGGUACAGCAGAACCAGGGAUUUGGAUAGUGAAGAACUCUUGGAGCAGUUGCCUGCUUUACAGCAGCUUUUGUAUCGUCUCAUUGGUUGCAAGCCUGAAGGUGCUGCUAACCUCAAUCGUGUCAUACAAUAUGCACUUGCUUUGGUGUUGAAGGAGAGUUUCAAAGUCUACUGCGCUAUCAAUGACGGAAUCAUCAAUCUCGUUGAUAAGUUCUUUGAAAUGCCAAGACACGAAGCAAUCAAGGCCCUUGAAAUAUACAAGCGUGCUGGCCAGCAGGCUGGUAACCUCUCUGAUUUCUACGAAGUCUGCAAAGGAUUGGAACUUGCUAGGAACUUCCAGUUUCCUGUUCUAAGAGAGCCACCACAAUCUUUUCUCACAACAAUGGAGGAGUAUAUCACAGAAGCACCACGAAUGGUCGACGUCCCAGCGGAGCCACUGCUUCUGACCUAUAAACCGGACGAGGGAUCUUCUGCUGAAGACGCCAAUCCUUCCCAUGAAGAACCUGAACCAUUGCCUUCAGAAGAUCCUAUUGUACCGGAUGAAGUGCCACAGCCCACUCCUCCGCCUCAUUCAGCCGAGCCUUCUCAGAACAUCAUCGACACAGAUGAUCUACUGGGUCUGAAUUCUGCUGUGCCUGAUGCAUCUGUGAUUGAGGACCAAAAUGCCCUUGCUUUAGCCAUAGUUCCAACAAAUGGAGAUAACAGUUCUUCAGCAUCUGGUUUCAAUCCAGCAAAAGAUUUUGAUCCCACGGGGUGGGAACUUGCUUUGGUCACCACGUCUAGCACCGACAUAUCUGCAGCCACUGAGAGGCAAUUGGCCGGUGGCUUAGACACGCUUACUUUGAACAGCUUAUACGACGAAGGAGCCUACAGAGCAUCUCAACGGCCGGUCUAUGGGGCACCAGCCCCCAACCCUUUUGAGGUCCAAGACCCUUUUGCACUGUCCAAUGGCAUUCCCCCUCCUCCAUCGGUUCAGCUUUCGGCUGUGACAGCUCAGCAGCCAGCAGCAAACAACCCCUUUGGCCCGUACCAGCCGCCGACCUAUACACAGCAUCAGCUCGUUCCCAGCCCUACCAACCCUUUUGGUGACUUUUCGGUUAACCCGCUUCCUCAGCCGACCGCCCAUACCACCGGUUUUGGGGAUUUUCCUGGUAACCCGGCUGCUCAUCAUCAGGCACAUAACAAUCCGUUCGGAAGCACUGGCCUCAUCUGAUCAUUGUCGUCUUACGUUUUGAAAUACGCUUCGUACCUUGUGGUUUUGAUGUGGAGAGCAGUUAAAUGUUGGUCUGCUUGUAGACAGAGACUGGGCCUGGCAGUGAAUAUAUUGUAAAAAAAAAAAUUCAUUUGGUAAUAACCCACUUUCAUAUA